AUGAUAAACAUCGCCGGCGUAAUCAGUAUUGUUCUGUUCUAUAUCCUUAUAUUGGCCGUUGGAAUAUGGGCCGGUCGCAAGAAAGAAAGCGGCAACGACUCCGAGGAGGAGGUCAUGCUUGCCGGCCGCUCGAUCGGUUUGUUCGUCGGCAUAUUCACUAUGACAGCAACGUGGGUCGGAGGCGGCUACAUCAAUGGCACUGCGGAAGCAAUCUACACAUCCGGUUUGGUCUGGUGUCAGGCCCCGUUCGGAUAUGCACUGAGUUUGGUGUUUGGCGGAAUUUUCUUUGCUAAUCCGAUGCGAAAGCAGGGUUACAUCACCAUGUUGGAUCCGCUGCAGGACAGUUUCGGUGAACGCAUGGGAGGAUUGCUGUUUUUGCCGGCUCUGUGCGGUGAAGUGUUCUGGGCUGCCGGCAUCCUGGCUGCCCUCGGUGCUACCCUGUCGGUCAUUAUCGACAUGGAGCAGGAGACCUCGGUUAUCCUGUCCGCGUGCAUCGCGGUUUUUUACACCCUUUUCGGAGGGCUGUACUCGGUAGCUUAUACCGACGUUAUACAGUUGUUUUGUAUCUUCAUUGGGCUGUGGAUGUGCAUUCCAUUUGCCUGGUCGAACGAUCACGUCAAAAGUUUGUCAUCGAUGGAUGUCGACUGGAUUGGCGAAAUCGGUGAGGGCUAUCACUGGUACUACGCUGAUUAUGGUUUGCUACUGAUUUUUGGAGGUAUCCCGUGGCAGGUGUACUUCCAAAGAGUGUUGUCGAGCAAAACAGCAGGACGCGCACAAAUCCUAUCGUACGUAGCCGCGUUUGGCUGUAUUCUGAUGGCAAUCCCUCCGGUUCUGAUCGGAGCAAUCGCGAAGGCAACUCCAUGGAAUGAAACCGACUACAAGGGCCCCUGGCCACUAACUGCACAGGAAACUAGUAUGAUACUGCCGAUGGUGUUGCAGUACCUGACGCCAGAUUUCGUUUCCUUCUUCGGACUUGGGGCUGUCUCUGCGGCUGUCAUGUCCUCUGCCGAUUCUUCAGUAUUAUCAGCCUCUUCGAUGUUCGCCCGCAACGUCUAUCGGCUCAUCUUCAGACAGCGAGCUUCCGAAAUGGAAAUUAUCUGGGUGAUGCGUGUAUCGAUCCUUGUGGUAGGCAUUUUGUCCACCAUAAUGGCAUUGACGAUACCAUCCAUCUACGGCUUGUGGUCGAUGUGCUCUGAUUUGGUGUAUUGCAUUCUGUUUCCUCAGCUACUAAUGGUGGUGCACUUCAAGAAGCACUGCAAUACUUACGGUAGUUUAUCCGCUUACAUAAUCGCAUUCCUGGUGCGAUUGUCCGGUGGGGAAGCGAUGCUUGGACUACCAGCCUUGAUUCACUAUCCGGGCUACGUUGAGGAAACCGGAACACAAAUGUUUCCUUUCCGGACGAUGGCUAUGAUCUUGAGUUUGAUCACACUGAUAGGCGUUUCCUGGUGGACGAAAUGGGUGUUCGAGACCGGUCGAUUGGCACCGAACUAUGACUAUUUCCGCUGUGUGGUCAACAUUCCGGAAGAGCUACAUCGUGUCGAGGAACCGUCCGAUUCCGGUGAACAGUUGUCGGUAAUGGCGGGUGGCAUGACGCGCAUGUACGGCGCAGCCACCAUGGUCGGAAAGGACGAACGGAACGGCCGAAUCAAUCCGGCCCUUGAAGCGGACGACGAUUUACCGGUGAGGGAAGCACAGCGUCAGAUGCAGUCCGGCUCGAUUGGCGGUGGGGGCGGUGUUAUGCAGGGAAGCGGCAGUGUGGUCCCCGGUGCUCACGGGCAGUCUCAAGGACACACGGCUUUCUGA